AUGAGGUAUAGUCAGGCUGAAGCAAAGCAUGGAGAGAUACUGGGUCAGCUUCUUUAUGCUGCCAAAAUUGUAGCCGAGAAAGAAGGUAUUCUUGCUGGUUUUCGAGUUGUCAUAAACAAUGGCUCGGAUGCCUGUAAGUUAUCAACUCCAUUUUCUAUAAUAAUGUCAAUGACUGUGGGACUGUAUUAUUAUGGUCUUCGAGACACCAACGCUACAUAUGCGAUGAGCUUCUUCAACUUGAUUCCAAUGGUUACCUUUGUCUUCUCCACAAUCGUAGGUAUAGAGAAACUAGGACUGACUACAAAGGCAGGCAAGAUGAAGAUUCUGGGGGCAAUUUUUUCUGUGGCAGGAGCACUAAUUGCUUGUCUUUAUAAAGGAAAAGCUUUCCAUAUUGGUCAUCAAGGUCUUCACCAUAAUGUUGCUCUGAAAACAUCUAUAGCUCAUUGGGUCCGUGGCACUUUCAUGUUGGUUGGAUUUUGCCUCUCCUAUAGUGUGUGGUACAUAGUUAAAACAGAAGGCUACAUGGAGCUUAGGGUGGAAUCUGCAACUACUUACAAUAGUUUACUCAGUAAAUUUCCAGGCAACCAUUACAAAUGCAAAUUCGCAAUGGAAGCACUAGCCACGGCUGGAACAUUCUGCUUAGUUACAUGGGCAAUUGCAAUUCGGGGCCCCAUUUAUGCCCCAACGUUCUCUCCACUGUCACUAAUUUUUGUGUCCAUAUUAGAAGCUCUCAUACUUGGUGCAGAAAUCAGACUCGGAAUGUUGCUAGGCUCAGUUUUGAUCAUUGUUGGGUUGUAUUCCUUCUUGUGGGGUAAAAGGAAGGAGAUGAAAAGCUUGCUUCAGACAAACAAUGAUACUGGUAGUGUAGUAGCACCCACAACCGCUGAUGAAUCUGCAGUCGCGUAA